UUCUGAUACACAUAAUAUCAUAUCAUCUUCUUCGAUCCUCAUUCUCUGUUCUUGUAAUAUUGAGAUUUUUGAAUAUACCCUUGAAAAUUUUUAAUCUAAACAGCUCUCAGCUAGCCAAGUCUUUCUAAUACCUGCUUCUUGUCCCCCGUUGGGUAGCCCACCCCCUCACUUCUUUGUCUCUUGGAUAUUCAUCUUCUUUGCUAGAGUGGAAAGAUCAGUAUUCCCCUUAGCCUUAUAAAAAUCUUGUUGAUAUUAAAUUUAUUAUUUAAUGUGUGUGAAUAUUAAUUUCUAACUGUUUAUUAAUAAGCGUGAUAAACAUAUAACGAUAGUUCGUUAUGCAAAUUACGAUUUAUUUAAUGUUAAAAAACUUAGAACUUAAGGCAUAUAUUUUUCUACUCAAGAAGCAAUCGUCAGCCAUAAAGGCAUAAACUCAUCUUGAGAAACAAAAUUGAGAAAACUGCGGCUUGAAUUGAUAUCCGAAUCUUUGAUACUUCCGUUUACAUCUCGAUUUCGGAUUGCUUAGACAAGAACAAUAAGAGAGUCAACUAUGGGAAUCGUCGGAAAUCUGAGUUCUGACCAGCUUCAGUUCUUCAAUUCUCAAGGGUAUCUUGUUAUCGAAUCUUUCUCGAGUACUGAAGAGGUUGAAGCGUUACGAAAGAGGAUGGACCAAUUGCUUGACGGCUUUGAUUGCUCUUCCUCCGCCUCAAUUUUCUCCACCAAGAACCAGCAAAGGACAAGCGAUGACUACUUCUAUGACAGCGCUGAUAAGAUCUCCUUUUUCUUUGAAGAAAAAGCAUUCGAUGACGAUGGAAAGUUAAAGCAACCAAAGCAGCUCUCUAUAAACAAAGUCGGCCAUGCUCUACACGAUCAUGAUCCCGUUUUCAAAAAAGUCUCUUGCUCAGAUAAAAUGUCAGGCAUAUUACAAUCAUUGGGAUACAAAAGGCCAGUAAUCAUUCAGUCGAUGUACAUAUUCAAGCAACCAGGUAUAGGUGGUGAAGUGGUUCCUCACCAGGACAAUUCAUUUCUAUACACCGAUCCACAAACUUGCACAGGGCUAUGGCUGGCUCUAGAAGAUGCCACCAUUGUUAACGGUUGUUUAUGGGCAAUUCCCGGGUCCCACAAAAAUGGCCUUGUGAGACGAUUUUUGAGAGAUGAUAAAGGCGUUCACUUUGACAAGCCCUCCCCAUCUUAUGACCAAAAUGACUUUGUUUCCAUUGAAGUGAAAGCUGGAUCUUUGGUGCUCAUUCAUGGUGAUCUUAUUCAUCAAAGCUUUGAGAAUCAAUCCUCAAAAUCAAGGCAUGCUUAUAGUUUGCAUGUAAUCGAUACAGAAGAUUGCAAAUGGGCUGCAGAUAACUGGAUUAGAAGGAAUGUGGAUCCUGAGCCCCUAUAUGUAUCAUAGUUUUGAGAUCUCUUUGAUCUUAACAGUGGAAUUAUAUGCACAUUUUAGUAUGCAUACUUUUUCUGGGUAUGUUUGUAAUAAUAAUAUGCUACGAGAUCUUCCUUUAAUUAACUGAAACAUGUUGUAGGAAAUCUUGGCAUUUGUUGUUUAGAAUAUUUCAGUGAAUAUUAAACAAUAUUAAGAUACAUGUUUAUUUUUUCGAAGUUAAAAGUUAUACCAAAU